CUCGGCUUUGGCGCCACAGCUUUGGAGGCAUCCGCCAGAUCACACAGACGGAGCUUCGGCGGCAGUACCCCUUGGCCAUCUUGCGCUCGCAAAGCCUCCGCACUUUGCUGCUUUCCAUGCAAAGCUGGGAUCACCAGGAGCCAGCAGCCUUGGAGGAAGCCCUAAGGCUGCUGGAGGGCUUUGAAGGUGUGGAGACAGAGCGGAAUGGUGAGUUGCUGGUAGAUGUUGCUGGUCUUGCCUGGCAGCAGCAGUGGCAGGUACGGCAUCUCGUGGGCUGCAUCCAUGCAGCGGAGGAGCGCGACCGACUGCUGGGAGAGGUCGAGGAUCUCACUGACGACCUGGUAGCGGCACAGGAGGAGCUGAGUAGCCAACAAGAGGCACAGCGAAAGGACCAGCAGGAGCGACAGGCAUCAGAGGAAAGUUUGGAAUGGCAACUGCAGCGAGAGCGCAACAAGUGCGAAGCCCUGGCGGCUCAGCUGACUGCGAGUCAAGAGGAUGUCGCUUUGCUUCGGCAGCAGAUGGAACACUUGGAGUUGCUGCUGGCUGAGAGCGAGCACCGGGAACAGGAGCUGGGCAGCUCGCUACGGGAGCUGCACGAGCGCGAGCAAAGGACUCUCGAGCCGAAAAAGCCCCCAAGACGAAAGCUCAACAGUUGGCAGCAGCAGGAGAGGAUCACCGAACUGGAGGCUGUGGUGCAGCAACUUCAGAAGGAGCAGAAGGAGGAUCGGGAGAUGCUCGGCACCACCUGCGCCCACCGGGACCGGCUGCAGCUGCAGCUGCGGCGCGAAGCCGCCCAAAGCGACGCGGCGCGUGUCCGCCGCGCGGCAGAGAGCCGGUCGCGCCGGUCCGGAGGGCGAGAGCCUUCGACGCAGAGCUCUUCCAAGGAGAGCUCCACAGCACCUGAGCACUUGGUCUCGCCCCCCUCACCGCCAUGAGAAAAAGCCCACCCGUCCCGAGUCGCGA